GCCCGGCCUCUGUCCGUCUGUCCGUCCGUCCCUCCGCCGUCACGUCCGCCCCUCCGCCGUCACGUCCGCUCCCUCCUCUCCCGGUUCCGCCCCAGCCAUGGCGGCGCCCGCUUGCGUUUGGCUCGCGUUCGGGUUCAGCCCCGAAGAGGCGGCCGGGGAGCCGGGCCCGGGCCCGGGCCCGUGGCGGCUGGAGGCGGGCCCCGAGGGCAUCUCCCGCGUGUGGCCCGCCUGGAGCUACGUGGUCGUGGAGACCGGCGCGGGGCUGGAGGUGCGGAGCGCGGGGCAGCGGCGGCGGCUGCCGGGCUGGGCCGAGGCGCUGCCGUCCGAGACGCACCUGGUGCUGCGGGGCGCGGGCGAGCCCCGCCGGCCGCUGCCGCUGCUGCCCGGCGGCUUCGCCACGCCGCGGCCGCCGUUCUUCACCGCGCUGCCCUCCGGCCUGCGGGCCCGGCGGCUGGCUCUGGGCACGGAGCACGCCCUAGCGCUGGGCGCCGCCGGGGAGGUCUUUACCUGGGGCGGUGGCAGGCACGGGCAGCUGGGCCACGGGCUGCUGGAGUCCGAGCUGCAGCCGCGGCUGGUGGAGGCGCUGGCCGGGGUGCCCAUGCGGGCGGCGGCGGCCGGCGGGUGGCAUUCGGCCAGCGUCAGCGAGGCAGGAGACCUGUACGUGUGGGGCUGGAACGAGUCGGGGCAGCUGGCUCUGCCCUCCAAAGCGCUGGCAGAGGAGCGAGCACGAGAUGAGGACACGGGCACGGGGAGCACCGAGCUGAUGGCCUGCCGGGAGCAGUUGGCUGCCCAGGAUGCUGCAUUCAUCUCCAUCCAGGCGUUCCCAGCACUGCUGGACCUGCCACAGGACCUGGAGGUCAGCACGGUCAGCUGUGGCUCCCGACACACAGCGGCUGUCACACGAGGCGGGGAGCUCUACACCUGGGGCUGGGGUAAAUACGGACAGCUGGGACACGGGAACAGCAUCAGCUCUGACCAGGCACGCCGCGUGGAGCAGCUGGUGGCCAGGGGGCUGCGGGUGGAGGAGGUGGUGUGUGGGCCCUGGACCACCUAUGUGCGCGUGCGGGAGCCGUGAGGGCCCAGGAGCCGUGGGGGCUGCCAGAUGGGGACGAGGGCAGGCUCUGCCCCGCAGGACCAGCUCCACUCUGUGCUCAGGCCAGGGCAGGCAGACCCUGCGGCACAGGAUGGGGCUGGGUUUAGCCCACAAUGACCUGACUCACAGGCUGGCGUGGGGCUGCAGCUGCAUCAGGGCCAGGGGCACGCUGGGACGGGCUGGAUGUGUUUAUUAAAUUCAGAUUUCCA